AUGGAGCCAAUGACAGUGACCAUGAGUCCUCUGGAAUCUACACUCUGUACCAAAAAUGAAUCCCUGGAUCAAACAACAUGGUCAUCAGAGCACAUGACUGAGCCCCUAUUCAAUGUGGAAAGAGCACACCGUUACAGCUACAUGUCUCUGCUCAUUUGUGUGCCAGGAGUAACUGGGAAUGGACUUUUGAUAUGGUUUCUCAUUUUCUGUGUCAAGAGGAAACCGUUCACCGUCUACAUUCUCCACCUCGCCAUUGCUGACUUCAUGGUCCUCCUCUGCUCAUCCAUCUUCCAGCUGGUGAACAGCUUCCACUUCCAAGAUGACACUCUAAUGAGCUAUGUGGUCCUCCUCAUGAUUUUCGGCUACAACACAGGUCUGCACCUCCUCACGGCCAUCAGUGUGGAGCGCUGCCUCUCCGUGCUCUACCCCAUCUGGUACCAGUGCCGCCGCCCAAAGCACCAGUCUGCUGUGGCCUGCACACUGCUGUGGGCCCUCUCUGUGCUGGUGUCUGGGUUGGAAAACUUCUUCUGCCUUCUGCAAAAUGAGCCUAGGUUCCCGGAAUGUCGCUAUGUGUACAUUUUUUCCUGUGUCUUGACAUUUCUUGUCUUCGUUCCUCUCAUGGUCUUCUCCAACCUGAUCCUUUUCAUCCAAGUCUGCUGUAACCUGAAGCCACGUCAGCCAGCCAAGCUGUACGUGAUUGUCAUGGCCACCGUCGUCCUGUUUCUUGUCUUUGCCAUGCCCAUGAAGGGCAUCAUAGUCUACUAUUCGAACUCCAGAGACGAGUCUGUGUGGAGAUUCCUUCCCUAUCUGAAUAUGUUGUCCACUGUCAACUGCAGUGUCAACCCGAUCGUCUAUUUUGUGGUAGGUAGUGUGAGGAGAAGGAAGAGUAGAAAGUCCCUAAAAGAAGCCCUGCAGAGGAUCUUUGAAGAAAAGCCAGGACCAGGCUCACGGGAGAACAUUGCACCUGGGCAACGCUCUCGGGCCUCCACGUUCCUCCACUAG